CUGACGUAACCACCACCAGUCAACCCACACCAACCACAGCUAACCACACACUCACAGUGCAUACAUAGUCAACAGGCACCAACCAACCGAGCUCAACCAAGAAAAUAAAAACACCAUUCCAUUCUCACUUCUUCGCUCGUCUCUCAACUUCAGGGUCAAGUCGAUCAGAAUCCAAGCUAGGCUUUUUAACUGUUCUGCAAACCCUUGUCGCUCAGAGUUCCAAACCAUGGCUGAAGGUGAUGCAAAGUAUCGCUUGACGGACCACGUCAAACCAAUCCAUUACGCACUCUGCGUCAAGACCGACUUGAAUGCUACCCCAGCCCCUCUCUUCGAAGGUACCGCGGAAAUAGAUCUGUCAAUUUUGAAGGAGACAGACCAGAUCACUUUCCAUGCCGCCCCAGCCCUUGAAAUCCUCAAAGUGGUCUACCAAUCCAAAACCUCGAAUUCUUCAUCCCAGCCUCAAGUCAUCAAAUCGAUCGAGCGUGAUGAGAAGUUCGAAAGAUGCACGGUCAGCGUCGGCCAAAAAUUACCAGCCGGCUCGGAGGCCAAGUUGGGAAUCGUUUACAAGGGUGUGCUCGAGGGUAGUAUGAUGGGUUACUAUCGUUCUACUUACGAAUUCGAGGGAAAGAAGGGAUUCUACGGUCUCACUCAAUUCGAACCCACUGCUGCUAGACGAGCUUUCCCAUGUUGGGACGAACCUGCGAUUAAGGCAACCGUUCAAGUGACUCAAAUCACUAGAGAAGGAACCACCGCCCUAACCAACACCUCCGAGAUUUCUAAGGAGUCUUCCGACGGAAAGUUCCCUGAAACUCCACUCCUAAGCUCCGCCAUGCUCGAAGGGAUCGGGAAACAAUCAGCGUCAGCAGAAUGGGUGCUGACGAAAUUCGAACCAACCCCCAAAAUUUCAAGUUAUCUCGUUGCCUGGGCUAAUGGUCCUUUCUGUUCAAAAGAGAGCCAUUAUAUCAGUCCACUUACCAAGAAGAAAAUCCCACUUCGGGUCUUUGCAACCGCUGAACAUGCUCACCAAACUCAACUAUUACUCGACACCACUGCAAGGAUUCUUCCGGUGUACGAGAAGAUAUUCGAUAUUCCGUAUCCUCUCUCCAAACUUGACACUUUGGUCGCCUCCGACUUCGACGCUGGUGCAAUGGAGAAUUGGGGUCUUAUUACCUGUCGAACCUCGGUAGGUUUGUUUGAUGAUGCUUCUGGGAUUGCGGCGCAAAAACGAGUAGUCACCGUCCAAAGUCAUGAGGUUGCGCAUCAAUGGUUUGGUAACAUAGUAACGAUGAGCUGGUGGCAAGAGCUGUGGUUGAAUGAAGCCUUUGCUACACUGAUGGGUGAACUUGUCAUCAUCUCAGAAGUCGAACCCGAUUGGCACGCUGAGGAUGACUUCAUUAAUGCUCAUCUGUCAAAAGCCCUUAGCCUUGAUGCUAAAAGAUCAUCACAUGCCGUUGAAGUACCUUGUCCAAACCCGGAGAUGAUCAAUCAAAUUUUUGAUGCCAUAUCCUACUCCAAGGGAGCUUCAAUUUUGAAAAUGCUGGCAAACUUUGUUGGGAAGGAGAAGUUCCUACAUGGAGUUUCGCUGUAUCUCAAAGCGCAUCUAUAUGGAAACGGGACAACAAAGGAUCUCUGGGCAGGAAUUACCAAAGCAACGGGCGAGGAUAUCAACAAGAUCAUGAGCAACUGGACCGGUAAGGUCGGCUUUCCUGUUUUGACAGUGGCGGAAGAGUCAGAUGGAUUGAAAGUCUCUCAAAAGAGAUUUCUAUCCACCGGUGAUCCGAAGCCUGAAGAGGAUGAAACCUUGUGGUUUAUCCCAUUGGAAAUAAAAGUGGUUGAUGGAUCAGGUACCGUCACUGUGAAGCGUGAUGUACUUGAUUGUCAACGUGAAGGCAAAAUUGCUCUUCCCAGUCCUCAGUCAACAAAUUAUAAGUUAAACGGCGAUACUUGUGGAGUUUAUCGAGUUUGUUACCCGGCUGAGCGCUUACAGAAGUUAGGCCAGGAAAUUUCCAAACCGAAUUCUGUAUUCAGCGUAGCGGAUAAGAUGGGUUUGAUCCAAGAUGCGAUCGUGCUUGCACAAGCUGGUUACUCUUCCACUUCGAGCGCGCUUGAUAUCCUUUUCCCAUUAGGGGGAGAACGGAAUUAUCUGGUUUGGUCGGAGAUCACCUCGGCCCUUGACUCGGUUUCUGCUAUCUUGUGGGAAGAGGGGCAACAAGUCAUCGAUGGAUUCAAUAAGUUUGAGCGACAGUUGGUCUCCUCCUUGGCUGAGGAAAUCGGCUUUGACACCCUCCCAACCGAUGAUCAAGAUCGGAUUCAAUUGAGAGUGUUAAUUUUGGCCGCGGCAGCACGAGCAGAGGAUCCCAAAGUUUUGAGCGAGAUCCAGAGCCGAUUUGCGAAAUUCAUGGAGAAUCCAAGUGGGGCCAAAUCGCUCAUUCCAGCUGACUUGCGCAGGCUUGUCUUCACUUAUGCGGUCAAGCAAGGUGGCGAAAAGGAGUACGAGGCGAUCUUGAAGGUCUAUCACAAACCCAGCAAUCCGUCCGAUAAGAUCGCGGCUAUGGCUGCCCUCUGUGCUUCCAAACAUCCCGAGCUUAUUUCUCGUACCUUUGACUUUAUCCUCAAUGGAGAAGUCAAAGAACAAGAUUUCAUGUAUUUCUUUUCGGGUCUGGCAAAUAACCGUGUCUCUCGUCGAGAUAUGUACAAAUUUGUCCAAAAGAAUUUAGAUCAGCUUUUGGUCAGAUUCAAGGGGAACUUCUCAAUUGGCAGAUUGAUCCAAUACUCCUUCGACCGAUUCACUACUGAAGAUGAUCGUAAAUCUGUGAUCGAAUUCUUCAAGGAUAAAGAUACUUCGAUCUACCAAUCGGCUCUCGAUCAAGGUCUUGAUACCAUCAAGAGUAACGCUGCUUGGCUCAGCCGAGACAAGCAACACAUCAUCGACUGGUUGAAGAGCAAGCAGUUCUUGUAGUUUGCCUCUCCUCAAUUCAAGUCUCUUUUUAUCUCAAGUAAUUUGUACAUGGAGCAACAAGAGAUGAACACACACGAAGUAUCCAUAACAGAAAUUGCUCUCACAAACUGUCGAUUAUUAAUCAUUCACAUAUUUGUUAAUUGUGCAUAUAGAUGAACAGAUAUGUAAAAUUUUGCCUACUUACUGGCAUGCUUUUAUGUGCAUCAGACACAGAUGAACCCCUUCAGCAUAAAAAAAAGGAAAUU